AUGUUAUUAAUAAUUCUACUGUCUAUAUAUGCUUUUGCAUACGUGCAUAAAGAAGAAUAAUAUGUGAUGGAUGUUUAUAACAGAAUGAAUUUCAUAAAAGAAUUCCUUUCAUAAUUGGAGUAUUAUACUGCUCUCGAGAAAUUAGAGGGAAGGGCAAAAUAAAAUUUAGAGUUUGAAUUAGAAAGCCUGACAAUAUACGCAGAACAUUAUUAGGAAGUAGAAAAGUAUAUAAUUUUUUUAAGCUACUAAAAUCUUUAAAGGCAUAAUAGAUUUGCAGUAAAAAUGAGAAAGAAGACAUGAAAAUGUUUUUAAGGGAAACAUUUCCAGAAGCAAUUGAUAAGAUAAAACGUAUUAUUGCAGAUAAAGUAUAUUAUUAAAUAAAAUAAGGAAAAACUUAUUGAAGGAGAUAUAAAAGAGCUGGCUAAGAUUAAGCAUUCUUAAUCUGAAGAUAUUAGCAAACGUUUUGAGGAAUUUAAUUAUUUGCAUCAAAAAAUAUAAGAAGGUAUAAUAGUUAGAAAAUUUUUUUUGAGUAGUAUUGGAAUCGAAUGAUCAAUAGGACAUAUAUAAAGCUUUAGAGUUAUUGGAAUCUAAGAUAAUGAUAGGUUCUUUUAAAUAAAUGCAGAAUUAGGAAGUGGAUUUUUUUAUGAAGAGCGUUGAUAAAUUGUUUCGAGAAAAAUCAAAUCCUCAUAAAAAAGAAGAAUCAAUUUAAUUAUUAAGUUUAAUGCGAAGUGUUAUAUCGGAAUAUUUAAUAAAAAUGAUGAAUGAAUAACUCGAGUAAUCCUUUGACUUAUUAGAAAAAGAGCUUUUUUACACUUAAUCAAAACACACGCAUAUAAAUGCUAAAGAUCAAUAUAUAAAUCUACUUCAAAGAUUAGAAUGUAUAUUUAUUACUAAUAAAAAAUAGAGAAUCAUUAUGAUUUAUGGAAGGAUAUUUUAGAUAUGUACUUUGACAAUACAAUGUUAGAAAUAGCAGAAAAACAGUAAGAUAUUGCAAAUAAGAUCGGGAACCGUGCUGUUCAAUACCAUACAUCAAUGUAAGAAAUGUUUAAGGCAAUGCUAGAACGUUUUUUAUAAAGAUGA